CGUCUCCUCGGUGCCGCGGGAUGCCCGGCGCGGCUCGCCUCGCCUCGGCUCGGCCAGCAUGAAGAAGCACCAGCCGCACUCGGUGCAGGGCACCUUCAGCCGCCUCUUCGGCAAGCGCCACUCCAGCCCCAGCGCCGCGUCCCUGUUCGCCACCAACCCGCCCUGGAUCUUCACGCAGGAGGUGACCUCGGACAGCGCGGGUGGCACCGGUGAUGUGAUCGAGGUCUAUUACGGUGACAAUCGCUUCGGGACGGUGACAGACCCGGGCACAGCCACGCUCAAACCCCGGCCCAGGGUGCGGCCCCUGCUGACCUUCCUGCCCCUGAACGCCCAGGAAUCCCACGGGGUGGCUGUGCCAACGCCGUCGGUGCCAGAAGACUUUGUGGAAAAGGCAGCUCUUGGCUCUGGCUCCCAGCUCAAUGGCAAUAUUCGGAUGUACAGCUCGGUGGGGGACCUGCGCCCGCAGGCCCUCGAUGGGCAUGACCUGGAUGAAGACAUCCCCCCGCCGCCAUCGGUGCCCCCACCACCCCCUCCAGCGCCCGUGUCACCCCCUCUGGCCUCGCCGGUUCCUCCACCCCCCGAAAUGCUGCCACCGCCGCCGCCACUGCCACCCGAGAUGGUGCCACCGCCUCCCGCCAUGGCAGCGCCGCCGCCUCCCGCCUCUGCCCUGUCCUCGCCCAGCACGCCGGCUCCUCCAGACUUCAUCCCGCCAGCCCCGCCGGGCGCCCGGGACCCCUUCGGCCCCGGCAUGUCCAAGUGGAAAUCCGAGACGGUGCUGAACACGAGGCAGGCCGAUGCCGAGGGGCCGCUCUGCGCCGCCGAGCCCGGGGCGCCCGCGGCCCCCAGCCCCAAGGAGAGCCUGCAGCCCAAGGCCGAGCCCCACCUCACCUUCCCCAGGUCGUUCAAGGUGCCGCCGCCGGCCCCGGCGCGCUCCUCGUCCAUCCCGGUGCAGGAGGGCCGGCAGGAGCCCGUGCCCAGGCAGCCUCACGCCCGGCCGCCCCUGCCGCCCUGCUUCACCAUCAGACCUGCGGGCAAGGCGCGGCUGGGAGAGGCCGAGCAGAGGAGCUCCGGGCUCAGACAGGGCCUUGGGAAGCCGGCUGUGCCCCCUCCACUGAGCCCCAAGCCGGGCGCAGGGCUCAGCCAAGGCGCGAAUCCCGCCGGCCGCCGCUCCCCACUGCCGGGCUCCGAGGGGGAGAGGAUUCCCCAGCUGAAAACAGCCGGCAGAGACUCCCCUCCAAAAUCUGAACCUCUCACUGCGAACGACCUGGAUCUGCCCCCUCCGGACUACCCGAGCUGUGAGGAUGACUGGAAGGAUGCCAACAACCUGAACAAGCUGCGGGACGAGCUCUCGGCCCUGCUGCGCUCCCCGCGCCGCGAGGAGAGGCCGCUGGAGAAGCCGGCUGCUCCCCAGCCCGUGGACGGUGGUCCCAGCCGUGCUGGCAGCCGUGAGCCAGGGCUCAGCGAGCCCCAGCUCGCCAGGAAGGACACGGGGUUAUCCAAGGGAGGGGAGAGUGAGAAGAAAGAGGCGCCCAGCAGUCCCCCCAGCACCAGUGGGGGCUCUCCCAGCACUGCAGUCACCGCCCCGGACAGCAACCCUGACACACAGCCCCGCAGUGUGAUGACGAUCAGGAACGAGCUGGAGGCUGUGCUGUCUCUGAAGAAAGAGGGGAAACCUGCCUCAGGGCUCAGCAGCCAGAAGCAGGGUGUGGAGAAUAGCAUCAGCACCCCACAGGUGAGGAAGAGCCCCCCUGACCUGAGGAAGAGCCCCCCUGACACGAGUGACUCAGUGGUGCCAAAGCCGGUCCCCAGCCCGCUCCCAGCCCCGGUGGCUACUGUGGAGAAGGAUGAGACAGACCACGAGGACCAUCCUGCUCCUGCUGCUGGCAAGGUCACAGAGGAUGUGAGCCCUGCUCCUGGGUCCCUAAGCAGCAGCGUGAGUCCCCCAGACCCACCCCAGGAACCGGCAGAGGAGCCCCCAGCUCCCAGCCCCCCCUCAGCCCCUGUGUCCCCUGCACAGAGCCCGGCGCCACAGCCCAGCUCGGCCAUCUUCCAGUACAAAGUGCACCGGGCUGGGGCCAGCUCGGCCGAGCCGCCCUCUGCCCCGGGCUCUGCUGAGCCCUCCUGCCCCGGGAGCUCAGGCAGGAGCCCCCCGGGCACCUCGGGAGCGGGGCAGGAGGAGGUGCUGAUCCACCCGGUGACGGGGGAGCGCGUGGAGCGGGGCUCGCCCAUGGCCCUGCUGCUGGCAGCCCGGCAGCGUGCCCAGCGGGGCCGCCAGGCCGGGGACGGGGCGGCUGCCCUCAGGGCGAAGCCAGCCCUGAGACUCACCAGUGCCUCGUCGGACACCUCCUCCACCAGCUUCUUCCGCCACGAGUCCAAGCCCUACUCCUUCACCGUGGUGCCUCGGCCGUCUGCGGCCAGUCCAGCAGGGUCUGGCUGGAGCAAGCCCCCCUCCUUCUCCAGCUCCUCGGAGCAGGGCCGGGACGUGCGGGCGGCGGGCGAGGCGCAGCCCCCCGGGCCCCGGCGAGCCGCUGCCUCCAGCCUGCUCCGGGGCCUGCUGGACGCGGGGCAGCCCAGCCGGCCCGGCCCGGCCCGGCCUGGAGCGCCCCGGGAGGAGGAGAGCGGGGACACGGUGCUGGACUUCGGCAUUAUCCCCCCGCCCCCCGAAUUCAGCAACGAGGUGGACGAGGGUCCCCUCGCAAGCCGGGAGGAGAACCGCAAGUGCCCCAGCGUCCCUGACAGCGGCCGGGGCUCGGGAGAGCCGCGCUAUUUCAGGUGGGCUGGCUACAGCCGCAGCUACGGGGGCAACCAGGAGCCAGCUGCUCCGCCACCCUUGGAGAAGAGCUGGAGGAACGGUGACUUCACACCGCAGUACCCGGAUUACAGCAGCUCCACGAGCUUCCCCAGCCACGGCCCCAACCCGCGCCCGCUGAUCAAGAAGCGCCUGUACAUGUCGGAGCCCGACAGCUCCUACCCCCGGGCGGCCGCAGCCCCCCGGGCCUCGGGCACCCUCUCCUCCACCCUCUCCUCCUACGGCCCCGGGGGGUUCAGCUCCACGCCCGGGGAGGGGUCUCGCCGCCCGGGCCCCGGCCACAGGAAUGGCCCCUCGAGCGCCCAGGGCAGGCGGGCGUCGAUGGAUGCUGCGGGGAAAGCUGCGGCCUACGGCGGCCCCGGGGCUGAGGCCAAGUACAAGGGCCAGAACGGGGACUUCUCGCCCACCAGCGUGCUGACAGCCAGCAGGCCUGCCCACGGCACCCCGCACUACGGGGGACCCUCCAACACCUUCACGGUCCGGCCCGGCACGCGCCAGCCCAUCUCCUACGCCUACCAGAGCCACCGGUAGGCCGAGCUCGGGGCCGCCCCGCCGGCGGCCGGCUGGGAGGGGCGAGAAGGUGCCUGGGUCGGUCCCUUCCUCCUCUACGGGCACCAGGGACGGUCCCGACCCAGCCUGGAAACGCACUGGCUUGGAACUGCUGGUGGGGAAUGAGCCCGAGACCGGACUUUUCUCAAAGACUGCCAUGGAGAGUAGUUACUGCGGAGGGCAGGCCGCUGCCCUGUUACGUGAGCAAACGUGGUUCCCCUUUUUCCCGUUUUCCCUCCCGGGUUAUUUUCAGGAUUGCAGCCUGAGAGGCUGUCUAGGAAAGCCAAAGAGCAUCCUCAGCUCUCUUUAAAGAGCAUCACCACUGGAAAGGUUGAUUUCGGCUUGUUCUUUAAUUGGUUUAACUCCAGCACGUUUGGGAGCAGGGAGAAACCAACUGAGAUGUGCACAAUGGAAGUAAAACAGUGUAUAGCUAAAUGUCAGGGAUUAAAAUAAGAAUGUGAGGCCAGUGGGAUAGGAGGAGAGUUUAGGAUGCCUUGAUCCUGACCCUUUGUGUCCUUAAGAGUUUGGAACAAAUCAGUUCUGCCUUAAACCCAGCUCUGAGCAGUCAGUGCCUGCCCUGCCGAGCUGGGCUCUGACCCCUUCUCCAGGAGCAGCUUUGGGAGCAGGGGCCCUGCUUUGCUGUGCCUUUUGGUCACUGUAAAUGUUUCUGUUGGUAAUUAUUCCUCGUGGAAGGAGGCUGUGAGGCCUGGCUGGGAGGCUGUGAAGCACUUUGGAGGUGUAGGACACGGAGCAAUCCUUUUCCUUGGGCUGGUGGGUGCCAGCGACUCGCCCAGACUUGCUGUGGUGCUCUCCCCGAGGGCUCUCUUGCCAUUCACACCCCUGUGCCCCACAAAGUGUCCUUAUGAGCUGUUCCACUGCUCUGGGCUUCCCUGUGCCUGAUCUGGGACUGAGAAGCUCCAUUUCAGUGUGACUGUUUGUGCUGGUGGGGUGUCUGCAGGGACACCUGACGGGAGCUGGCUCUCUCUGUUUGCCUCAGUGCUGGUCCAGGUGCUGCAGGUGCAGCCCUGCCCUGCUCCCCAUUGCAGCCUCCGAGCAGCUGCUGGUGCCUGGGCAGGGGUGGGAGCUGUGAGAAGCCUUAAAGAGGGUUCCAGAGUGAGCAGCGGGGUCUCACCACAGCUGACCUGAGUUGUGAAUAGCCAACGUUCUGAAACUAGAAACAGAGACUCUUCCUCCCAGGUAAACCUGCUGAAACUCACUGUAAGAUAACUGUAAAAACUUGUAGAGAAUUUUUUCCUUGUCACUGAUAAACUGAAAGCACUUUGAGACAUGAGUCUGUUUUCAUGGAAAGCACUUUUCUUUUUUCAAUGCUAUAAAUGCCACUGGUUCCACUCCAGCUUACCCUGCCUGGCACACAUCUGGAUGUGGCCUGCAAGCAGAUCUUGCUUUACAGUUCAGCUCAAAAUCAGGGAUACAUUUUCCUUCAUUGUGGAAUUCUCAAAAGUUAUCUUGAUAUUCGAGUCAUGUCAUUGACAAUCUGUGUUUCGUGUUAUUUCCAGCUUUACCUAAGAUUUUAACAGCCCUUUCAGAUAUUGCAGCAGCUUUAAAGUAUUCUGAACUUCACUUUGCUGUGAAUAAAAUGAAAAUGCAAAUACAAUAAUCAGUCUAAUAGCUAAUUCAAAGGGCAUUUUUAUGCCAGCAAGUCAUAGUGACUUAGAAGAUUUCCACUGCUCACCCCAGCCAAUAUUGAAAUAGGCUUUUAAUAUCUGGGUGUUGGUUUUAAAAAAAUAUUUAUGGAGAGAAGUGACUGUGGAGUAACUAUAAGGACAUUUAAGUGUGCCAAGUGUCAUGUGGAAUACCACCUGCCCCAAAACAUGGAGUUUUCUCCAUGCAAGGAGCAUCUUGAGCAUUCUUAUUCUUAUGUAGAAGUAAAUCCAUGCUCCUCCUGGAGGGGCUCCAGGGUCGUGUUUUGGUACUGGAUGAAGUUUCACCAGUUUAACUUGAAAACAAACAAAGAAGUCUCUUUGAUAGUGUUGCAACUUAAUGGUUUUUUCUUCCUGAUACUUUUUUUUUUUCCAAAAUAAUAAGCUAUAUUUGCAAAUGAGCUCUCAGAAACAAUUUUAAGGCUGGGUGGGCAAUUUCAGCUUUUGAUACUGACUUUGCCCAGAAGUGGGGAGGGCAGGGGGGUAUGUGUGCAGUGUUCCACCUCAAGAAUUCUUCCAAAUUGCAAUCUCCCCAACACAAGGGUUUUUUUGGUUUGUUUUUUUUUUUUUUUAAGAGAAUGUGACACUCCAAUGUUGAUACCUGUUUUAAAUGUCACGUUUAAAUGUCACGUUUCACCCAGACACACAAUUCACGUGGAGGUGAAUUGUGGUCUUAGACACCACGGAGUGUCUCAUUUCUAGCAGACAUAAUUGCUUUAAUUUACUAUUAGAAGUGUGUAAAUAGAAGUCAGCUUUAUACAAGAGCCACUCUUCAUUCAAGAACGCCAUUCAGGGACUGCCCAGGGGACUGAGCUGCCACUGAAUCAGGGUGGACUCUGCUCCCAGUUGUAGGACUGGUUAGCAUGCAGGUUUUCAGCAGUGGGACUCUUCUGUUCUUCACUUUGGACUAUCCCUGCUUCCUUUGAAUGCAUUCAGCAAAUUCUGGUAUUUCAGGAACAGCUCACCAUUGAUUCUGGGGCCAUUGUGACAAAGGAAGCACUGUCAGAGCUGUUGGCAGCCAAAGCACUUGGGGACAGAGUGUGAUGUCCCAGGAGGGAGGACUGCAGGGGUGGGGACGAGCCCCCCUUCCUGGGGCAGGUAACUCUGGAUAAAUAAACUGUCCUUGCAUUCCUCCUCCCAGCUCUUUCACUACAGAAAUUUAGCAAUAGAGUAAGAGGAAACAAAACUGGGGGGUAUUAAUGGAGCAAAGCACCCUGCCUCAGCCCAGGGCUGAGAGCUACCCUGAAGCCUGAGUGUGGAAUUAUUCUCACUUCACCCUCUCUGAUGCAGUGUGGUAAUUCAAGUCUGAUACAACUGAAAUUAUCCCCUGCAGCUGCCUCUUCCUCACAAGUUCCUGCUAGGGGAGUGUAACAGAGCUUUAGCUGUAAAGUAUUGAACAAAGUCUCUUAUUUAUGAGUGCCACUGAACACCAACCUUCUUGCAUUAAACAUUUCUGGAUGUUUUA